GCAAGCGGCAAGCUAGGCGAGGACGUGCGGGAUCUCGAAGGUUCUGUUCAUUAGAUUUGUUCUGCGCCCUUCCAGUUCUAUCCUCGGCACCUUGCCGAUCUACUCACCUUGUCGCUCUCAUCUGCAAGUCACUUCGCGUCUGCCCGUCGGUCACCCAGCAACCGCCAGCAACAACACGAAGCCCGAGCACGGAGUUAGCGUUUCUUUCCUAGCGCGUGUCGUACCGAAAGCAAUCGAAGAUGACAGUUGAACAAGUCAGCCCCAAUGGGAUUGAUAUCUCAAAAGCUAAGGAUGGAGGAGUCUUGAAGCGAAUCAUCAAGGAAGGAACUGGAACGGAUUUGCCCUCCAAAGGAAAUAAAGUUACGGUACACUACACCGGAACACUUUUAGAUGGGACUAAAUUUGAUUCCAGUAAAGAUCGGAAUACUCCAUUCACAUUCAACCUUGGCUUAGGAAGUGUAAUUUCUGCCUGGGAUAUUGGUGUUGCUACCAUGAAACGCGGAGAGGUGUGCAUGCUGACAUGCCGCUCAGACUAUGCCUACGGCAAAACAGGAAGUCCUCCCACCAUUCCUCCAGAUGCAACCUUGCAGUUUGAGAUAGAGAUGAUUGACUGGCAAGGUGAAGAUCUCAGUCCAAAGGAGAAUGGAGCGAUCAUUCGGACUUUGAUAUCAGUGGGUGAUGGUCACUCUAAUCCCAAUGAAGGGUCUCAAGUUGACGUUCAUUUGGUUGGUAAAUAUCAAAACAAAGUAUUUGAGGACAGAAGUGUCAACUUCUGCCUAGGAGAAGGAAUUGAAAGUGGUGUGCCUGAUGGCAUUGAAAUAGCACUUCAAAAGUUCAAGAAAGGAGAGAAAUCAAUUUUAAAACUAAAGCCAGAGUAUGCCUUUGGUGAGGCUGGCAAGCCAGAGUUUCAGAUUCCACCUGGCGCCACUGUCGAAUAUGAAGUGGAACUCAAAUCAUUUGAAAUGGAACCCGAAAGUUGGUCUUUGGAUGAAGAAGGAAGGGUGGAACAGGCACAGCUUUACAAGGAGAAGGGUACAAAGUACUUUAAGUCAGGAAAUCUGAAGCUGGCUGUGAAAAUGUACAAAAAGAUCUUAGACUUCCUCAAUGAUGAUGCUGAGGAAAAUUCUAAGAGUUUAAAAUUGGCAGCUCAUUUAAAUGCAGCGUUGUGCCAUUUAAAACUGAACGACAACAAAGAUGCUGUGGAUCACUGUGACAAAGCACUUGCCAUUGAUUCGAAAAAUGAGAAAGGUCUCUUCAGACGAGGGCAGGGUUACUUGGCAUUGGCUGAACCUGAAUUAGCCAAACAAGAUUUUGAGGCUGUUCUUGCCUUAGCUCCUGAAAACAAAGCAGCUGCUAAUAGCAUUGUUAUUUGCAAUGGCCUGAUUAAGGAGCAGAAGAAGAAGGAAAAGAUGAUCUACGCCAAUAUGUUUGAGAAAUUUGCACAGAAAGACCGUGAGGAAAAAGAAAGUCGGUUUGGAUGGUGGGAUGGAAUUCGGCCUGUCACCCCUGCUCCUUAUAGAGAUGAAGAGGUUGAAGAAGAACAAAAUUCAAAGAGCAAAGAUCUACAAAAGAAGAAAGAAUUCAUUGAAAGAAUGAAGAAACAUAAACUGGAGAUGGAGAAGGAAAAAGAGGCAAGCGUUAAAGACCAGGUGACAACACCUGGAGAAGAUGCUGCCGACAAAAAUGUAGAAGUGGACUCAAGUGCAAAGGAAGAAAAGGAAACUGGAAGAACAGAAGGGCCAGGACCAACCAUUUGAUUUGCCUUCUACAUACUCGGCUCCAUGAGUUUAUAAAUUCGAUUUUUAAAUUUUUUUUUCUCUCUUUAGCUUUUAAUUUUUAUUGAUUUUUUAAAAUUUAAUUCUUAUUUUAUCAUAAAGUUAAUUCUUGAGUCAUAUUUUAGCAAAGGUGGUCAUCACACGUAUAAAUAUUAUGCAGUGUCAUGCUAACAGAUGUUUAUUGUAUGUAUUACUGUUGUUACUCUCAUGGAAAGGAUUGUUGUUUUUCAAACUACUAUCACUCACUCUGCUCUGGUUUAACAAACAAGGGUUAAUUUGCAAAAGAAUGGGUGACACCUAUUGCUAAUCUGAUAAAAACAUUGUGAAGGCUCAUGUCUCUUUCUCUUUCGCGUGUUUCAGCAACAAGUUCACUGUGCCUGUAUUAUGUCACCAUUCUUUGCUUUAUUGAUGGAAUUUUAACCUUGUGCCGUUCCCUGCAGCUUAAAAUUGAUCUUGCCAGCCUUUGGGUCAUUUUAAUUGAACAUUCUAACUUUUCUUUU